GCCAGGCCGGUUGCUUGGCGAGACGCUUCCGAACAUCAUCAACUUCCACUUUCUUUCAUCGUUAUCGGAUGUCCUGCAUCGCCGCAUUGCUUUUUGUCAACUGACACAGGCGAUGGCCGAAGAUAGGACAGAAUCAUUAGCUAGGAGGUUGAACCUAGUGGAACGGUUAGUGAUACCAGAAUGUAUUGCUGGUGGUUCGCGAAAUCCAAAGGAUCCGCAACACUUGAUAGCGCUGAAACUUCAAAGUACAAAACUGGAUGAAUCUUCACCCGGAAUUGACGGCGAGAUCAUAGACUUCGCAGCUGUUGUAGUCAGCCUGGCGACGGAGAAUAUCGUCGCUGCGUUUCAUCAGCACGUAAUGCCAACCGAGCAACCAACUUUGUCAAGCCAUUGUGUACGAUCUACCGGAGUAUCACAGGAAGCUGCGGAUAACGGAGUUCCUCUGAAAACUUGCCUCAUGUUGUAUUCGAAUUGGCUUGUGAAACUGGAGAAGGACGUUGGCUUGAAAUUACCGUCGAAGCAAGACCCUAAAAAUCCCGUUACGAUCCCGGUGAUCUGGUCCGAUUCGGACUUGGGAACGUGCCUGCCGAUCGAAGCACGGAGAAAACGACUCGUUUACGUUAAGCAUUUGUCUACUUGGCUCGAUUUACGUGCUGUAUGGAUGAAACAUCACAACACGGUACCUAAGGAUAUGAAAGAUGCGAUCGGCAAGAUGAAGUUAAAAUGGAAGGAGAAAGAAUAUCUUAGCUUGGAAUAUGCCACUAAUAUAGCAAACCUUGCCUUGGCCAUGCGCGAGAAGGGAUACGAACUGAAAAUCACGUCGAGGAUUUGAUCCUUAAUACACGUCUGAAAUAUAUUCAACAAUAACUUUUUUUUUUAAGGGAAAUUGUUUUACGUAAAACUGUUAUUUAGGAUUUUAAUGCUAGAGGUUAAAGAUAUUAAUAUUAAAAUUGUUUACCGUACAUUGAUUAAUGUCGUAUUAGAAAGAUUUGCAAUUUGUUCCCUUUU